GAAUUCAAAUUUUCAUCUCAAACUUCAUCUUCCUUGAAAAGUUGCCUUUCGUGAGUCUCGUCUCUCGCUCAAACAUCAGAGAACUGGUUAAACAGCCUCCCGUUGCGAUUUGGAGGUUGAGAAGAACUUGGAAAAUAUGGAUGGGCAUGAUGCAGACAGUUCGAAGCAAAGCACUGCCGAUAUGACUAUCUUUGUACAGAAUCUUCUUCAGCAAAUGCAAACUAGGUUCCAGUCAAUGUCAGAAUCUAUCAUUUCAAAAAUUGAUGAGAUGGGCAACCGGAUCGACGAACUGGAGCAGAGCAUCAAUGAUCUGAGAACAGAAAUGGGUCAAGAAGGGUCUCCGUCGCCUUCAGCAGCAUUGAAGGCAAAGGAAGAACCCAAGUCAGGUGAUGGUUCUGCAUGAAUGAAUAUGCAUGUUAUGUUUCCUGGAAUUGGAGGGUUUUGGUUUGGCCUGGAUUCUAGUUAAUUAUUUCCUUAUUUGUAUUCUUUCUGGAGUGCCAUUUGAUACUUGAUGAUGAGAUGUAUAAUUUUAUGUUAGUGUCGUGUGCUUUGAGAGUUGUACGCAAAGCUGUGAUCUUGGUUUUUGAGUUACAUUUUUUAAUUGAUAAACUUAGGGUAUGUUUGGUUCA